GACGGACCCGUGGGCGCUCGCCGUCCUCGUCGAGAUGAGGUUGCCCCGGUGCCAGGUGUCAACCCGGGAGCGCCUGCGGCCUCGUUUCGCGCGGCGGGGAGCUUGGCAGCGCCCUCCGAGCCCUCCCUGACAGGACAGGGCCCCUGCCUUCCUUCCCAGGAGUUAUUUCCUCAGGGAUUCGUGCCUCGUCGUUGCAGGCUUCUGAAACUGAUAUUGAACCAUCUGCAAGACAGUCUCCAGUGGCUCUUCCACCUUUGACGGCAGUGAUUUCUAACUUGGUCUUUGGUCAUACCUAGGAAAGUGGAUAAUCAGUACAUUCUCUGGGAUUGCUGUCAUGUGGGAGCCUGCAUACUGCAUCACUGACUUCUCAGAAAAAUGUCAGAAAUCCAGUGUGAAAUUGCUGCAAACGCAGGGAUGAUUAUACAGAGAGUAGUGCUGAAUUCACGCCCCGGUAAGAAUGGAGUGCCAGUGGCUGAAAACUUCCGACUGGAACAAAGUACAAUAUCAGACAUGAUCCAAGUGGGGCAAGUGCGUGUUAGAACCAUGUAUCUCUCAGUGGACCCUUACAUGCGCUGCAGAAUGAAUGAGGAUACUGGCUCAGAUUACCUCCUGCCCUGGCAGCUGUCUGAAGUUGCUGAUGGUGGGGGCAUUGGGGUUGUGGAGGAGAGCAAGCAUGAUAACCUUGCUAAAGGAGACUUUGUAACUUCCUUCAAUUGGCCCUGGCAGACAGUGGCAAUUCUAGAUGGAAGCUUGCUACAAAAGCUUGUUCCACAACUUGUAAAUGGACGCCUUUCUUACUUUCUCGGUGCAGCUGGCAUCACAGGACUGACGGCGCUGUUGGGUAUAAAGGAGAAAGGGCACGUGACUGUGGGUGCAAAUCAGACAAUGGUGGUGAGCGGAGCAGCUGGUGCCUGUGGCUCUUUGGCCGGUCAGAUUGGCCGUCUGGAGGGCUGCUCUAGAGUAGUGGGGAUCGCUGGCACAGAUGAAAAGUGCUCCAUUUUGGUCCAGGAAAUGGGAUUUGAUGCUGCUAUCAAUUACAAGAAGGGGGAUGUGGCAGAGCAGCUACGUGAACUCUGCCCAGGCGGUGUGGAUGUUUACUUUGACAAUGUUGGUGGAGACAUCAGCGAUACAGUUAUAAGUCAGAUGAAUCAGAACAGCCAUAUCAUCCUGUGUGGACAGAUUUCUCAGUAUAACAAAGAUGUGCCUUAUCCUCCUCCGCUCCCUCCUGACAUAGAAAAAAUACAGAAAGAAAGGAAUAUCACAAGGGAAAGAUUCUUAGUGUUGAACUAUAUGGACAAACAAGAAGCUAGUGUAUUACAGCUCUGUCAGUGGAUCCAAGAGGGUAAACUGAAGGUCAGAGAGACUGUGGUAGAAGGCUUAGCAAACAUUGGGGCUGCUUUCCAGUCCAUGAUGAAUGGAGGCAAUAUUGGAAAACAGAUCGUCUCAGUUUCUAAAUAAAGUCAUUGCUUUGGGAAAAAUAAUUGGAUUCUAUCUCUAACACCUGCUUGGAAGGAAGUAUAUCAUAGGGUAGUAUCCAAAGCAAGCUAAUUAAAUACCUGUAUAUUUCAAAAGAGACUGCAACUAUGAACUGUGGGGAGUUUGUGCUGUACUGAACAUAAGAAAGCAAUUGUAACAAUAAUCAUGUUAAAAUGUUGUUUUCCUUUCGUAUGUUAUAGGUGAAGGCCUCAGUCUGACAUAUUUAUGUUUCCAGAGUUACAUUCACUUGUCCAAAGUACAAAUUCUGUACUUUUGAACAGUGUUUGUUGCAGAGCUGCUCCAGAGCGAGCUCAUCUCUGGCACUGUGAGUUGACACACCUUCCAGGAAUAAGAGUCCUCUAGGAAGUUGUUUUUCACAACCAAACCAAAAUAUGAUAAAAUUAUAAAAUUCCCAGCACUAUUAUUUUGACAGCAAUCGCUUAGUAAUCCACACAAGUCGUAAUCCUAUUAAGAGCUGAUGAUGUGAGGGGUGACCCAGGGUGAGAUCAUGCUGGGAUGCUGGUUCUUUACUGGAAUAAAGGCAGCUUGAUUGCAGCAGCAUUCCUGUCGUAGGUAAGCUAUGGAGGGCAAUAUUACAGGGUCUGUCAGCAUUAGUCAAAUGGCUUUAGGGAAAAAAGAAAAAUAAAGAUGGGGACAGUCAAAGUAAACCUCAACCUGGUACCCUCAAUGUUUAGGAUUCUUACAGAAGCAUUUCUUUACUUGUGAAUCCUGGCUCAUGUUACCUCUUAAGAAUAAAUAAAAAUCAAAAGGAGAAAAUGAUUUGAACCAAGUACCCACAGUUGUAAAAAAUAUGAAUACAUCUUUUUUUCACCUUGUCUUAAUUUCUUAAUUAUUGUAAUAGGAUGAGUCUUGACCAAUUAUAUAUUUUGCACUAUAGGAGAGGUCUCAUUUAACAAAGAGUGACAAAUAACUGGUAACAGUGAUAGUUGAUAAGAUCUUAAGCAAGGCCAAGCAUGAAUUCAGAGUAGGAGUUUGGUGACCACAAUAAGGUACUAGAAGUUCAGCUAUACAAUCUCUAUAAAUAAGCAUUUCUUGUUGCAACAGGUAAUAAAACUCAAACAACAUUGGGCAGACAGACCCUUUUUUUUUUUUUUUAUUUGAGUCAAUCUUCUGCUUGUUUGUAUUUGGUAAAGUUUUAUGCACUCCCAUUUCCAUCCCUUCUCUUUGCACCUUGAAGAGUUGCUGUUGGCUGUCCUAUAUUUCAUUCCCUUCUGCUUUCUCACCCUCCAUUUUUUCCCCCUUUCCCUUAACUUUUUUUUUUUAUUUCAUCAUGUUUCUUGUCCUCCUUGUUGGCUCCUUCCUUGAUAAUCUGACAAACAUGCUUUUUUUCAUAGCAGCACCUAUUAGUGGUUUAGUGCUAGGCCAUAUAGUUUAGUGUCAGGUUUUCAUGGAAAAUGUCAGCGAUAGCAUGAAAAGAACUUGCCAGCCCAGACAUAAAUGUUUCUCACUGCAGUUUAUAGUAGCUGCUGUUAACAAACGUGAAGAGAGUGAAGGCAGAUGCCUUUCAAAUAGCUUCAUCUCUUUAUUCUAUACUUUAAUGCAUUGAUCAUGGAAGCAGCAGAUGCAGGAUUACUUAGUCCUGUUGUUUGAAACAUUGCUGUCUUCUAUUGCUAUGCUGCCUUUCUCUUUACUGGGUUCUCCUCACAGUGGGAAAUGUUUAUUCAAUCCAUAAAUAGACUGCCAGAGGAUAAAAGAAAAUCACAGGCAGGCGGCAAUAUCCCACAAUAAGAAAGGGUAACAGCAGCUGGAAUAAGCUCCAAACCCAGAAAAUAUUUUGUGAGGCACAACUGGGAACUCUUUAGGAAAAGCACAGAAAGAAGCAGAAAUGAAUCAAGAAAUUUUAGCUGCAGGAACACAGAAUUUUGCAAUCAGAGAGAUACCUUGGAUAGCAAAAUUCACUUUUGCUAUAGCACUCUGCUCUGGGUGGAUGGUGGUAAGAGGGUGGCUGAACAAGUCAGUAGUAUUGAAAGAAAACUGCAAGUAUGAAGUAGCAAAGCAGUGUUUAUGCAAGAAUAAGGAGGUGCAAUUUAUUUUUAUAGAUGGUCUGAGGGCAAAUAGUGAGAGAAGGCAGUGAGGUUUUAUGGGGCUAUGUGUCUACCCUCCUCUGCUCCACCCUCUUCUUGGACAGGCUUCUUCGUAUCUCCAAGACCUUCCCUCAGUCCCUGCUCCUCUGCAGGAAGGAGCCUUCCUCGCCCCAUCAGCCCCUACUUACUUUCCUUUGCCCCCCAGGCUGGGCAAUGUGGGAAGGGAAAGUAAAGUUCCAAGGACAGGGCUCCGUUGGGGUGGAGUCUGGACAGGAGCCAGCACGCUUUGACUUUCUCCUGGUUCUGGGGGCAACCAGGGGAGGGCAGGAUGCCCUCUGCAAGUGCCUGUCCUUCUGGGAUGGAGUUGCCUUUAUGUCCUGCUACCCCAGAGAAGUAGGUAUAUCUCUCUUUGGGCAGUAACAAUCCAUUAGAGCUGCAUGGGCAGCAUUUCAAACUGGACCAGCAUUUCAAACUGGAACAGCCUGUUCCAUGUCCUUGGGCCAGGCAGCCUGAGUGAGCUUCGGUGCCCUGCAGGCAGCUCUCUGCCUCUGCCUAGGCCAGCUCCAGAAAGGGGUUCUUUCUCUGUGAACUUUGGGAACUGUUUUAGGGGAUUUUUUUUGUAUUUUUAUUUUUUUUUAGUAUGCUAUAGAGAGAGUGGGAAAAGCAGAUGAGAAAAGCCUCUCUCCCCCACGAUCCUUGCAUUUUCCACUACACUGAAUGUCAGGAUCUCUUUAUUGGGAUCAGUGGAUCAGACAGGCUUUCACUGAUGACAGUUAUAGGAAAUUAUGCAUGGCAAUGGCAUUCCGCUGGGAACUUCCCUCUGCAAGUUUUGCUCAGCCCUCGGAGCAGCAAGGGUAACACAUGCAAAAGAAUCUUCUCUCUUUUUCCUAAUUUAUGUUUUGCAUUUCACAGCAUCUUGCUUGUAAUUCACCAAUUAAUACAAGAAUUCCUUCAUAAACAGAGAGCAGCAUGAAAAAAUACACGUGCUUUCUUUAAGAGACUUAAAAAAGAGAACAAACUAUAUUUGAAAGACAUUCUCAGAAUCUCUUUUCUUUCCAAAUAAUCAUUUCAAGUGUUCUUUUAGAGUAGUUUCAAAUGGGAAUUAAGUAUUUUAAAGGAGCACCUCUGUGCAGAUUAAAAAAACCCAAACCAAAACAACAAACCCUGCAGAGUAUUGUAAUAGAAACAUUUAUACUAUGAAGGAUUGAUUUGCCACAGAUCAUACUAAUGUCUGCCAGCCAUAUGUGAAGUACUUCAGCAGUCUGGUUCCACGAUCUGCCAAUUGCUUUGCUCACUUCAUGUAGCUCUGGUUUGUCCUCCUAAUGAGCAGCUUGGAAGGGAUACUCUUGACUUCGGAAGACCUCUGUAUUCUCAUGCCUACCCCGAAACAGCCAUUUUAAAAGAAAGAGAACAAUAUGGCAGAAGUAAUGAAUGUCAAAGCCAUUUGCUUCUGUUCCUUAUAUCUAAUCUAAAUCUCCCCUCCUUCAGCUUAAAGCCAUCACCCCUUGUCCUAUCACUCCAUGCCCUUGUAAACAGUCCCUCUCCAGCUUUCAUUCAGGUACUGGAAGGCUGCUAUAAGGUCUCCCCAGCGCCUACUCUUCUCCAGGCUGAACAGCCCCAACUCUCUCAGCCUGUCUUCAUAGCAGAGGCCAAGAUACAUGGCAGCACAAUAUUGUGUUAUCUUCUCAGUAGAAAUGCUGCCUUUCAGUGAGAAGAGCUUAAUUUUGAAAGAGGACCAAACCUGGACAACACAGGGCCUGCUAUCAGCGAAAUGUCUCACUUCAGCCCACCAUGUUGAUUUGUGCCUUCAAGGCACCAUGGGCCAACAGAGGAACAAAUGCAUUUUUCGUUACAGGGUGGCUUGCAAAUUUAUCAUAAUACCUGCAUAUUUGCCAGAGGUUGGUCCAGUUCAUUUACAUUCAUUGUUCUGGGAGAUGGGCUGCAUUUUAAGAAACCAAUUUAUUUUAUCUGAAUUUUAAGGGAAAACAUAAUGUAUUGUGAUUUUUGUUACUCACAGUUAACUUUGACAACCACUUGCCUAUCUGAUAAGGGUAGCUAAAUCAGAGGCUAGCUCCUAGUCUGUGCUUCUAAGAACUUUCAGCCUGCUGAGAUGCAAAGAAUUAAAAAAAAUUUGAAGAAGGUAUUGGUAAAUACAGUCUUCCUGUGUUAAAGUGUACAGCUCAAGUAGGAAAGUUAGUAUUUUCCUGCUAGGGUUUUAGAAUAUUGGAAAACUGUUUAUGAAGGAGAAAAUCCAAAUUAAUGUGAGACAAAGGUGAGUUUUACUUGUCCGUAACAAAGAGCUGCAAUAGCUGUGUCUGUAAAGCCUGAGCUAAGAGGUGCUUCCUAGGCAGGGUGGAGUUCUGAGUUUCUACAGUGUGCUCUUCACUGUGAUACCGGGGCAGUAGGAUAGUCCCUUGCUCUCAAAAUUCAUUACAUCAUUCCCACAUACGUGUAUAAUUCACACAUCAACCACCUUUCAGAGCAUGUGAUUCUUACUUGGGUCCUUGGAGCCAGGGAAAACACAUCCACAAAUAAAACACGUUUGCUUGCCCCACUAAGAAUAGCAUUAAGAGAUUCUUAAAGAAUUCCAUCCAUCUACCAAACACAACCCACGGAGCCAAAAAAUAAGUAGUUGACAGACUGUAACAUUUUUAAGUCCACAGACAUUUGAUUACAU